CCACAAACACUUAGUUCUUUCUGCUGUGCCGAUUUAAUUUUUGUCUCUUCAUUUUACCAGGAUUAUUGCCUAGCAAGGAAAAUGGCUAUCGAUGCUCUGCGUCUAGCAAACACUGCCUUUGCAGUUGAUAUGUUCAAAAAAUUGUGUGAGAAGGACAAAACAGCCAAUAUUGUUUUUGCUCCACUGUGUACUUCAACUUCUCUUGCUCUGGCAUAUAAAGCUACCAAAGGUGACACCGCAACCCAAAUGAUAAAGGCACUCCAUUUAGAAGAUGUCAAAGAUGUUUUGUUUGGGUUCCAAACAGUAACGUCUGAUGUUUCCAAACUCAGCUCUUUCUAUUCACUGAAAAUGGUCAAACGGCUCUAUGUAGAAAAGUCUCUUAACCCUACCACGGAGUUUAUCAAUGCCACCAAGAGACCCUUUCCAUCUGAACUGGAACUAGUAGACUUCAAGGAAAAAACUGAGGAAACCAGGCAGCAGAUCAACAAAUCUGUUUCGGAGCUAACCGAUGGUAAAAUGGAGAACAUUUUGAAUGAGGGGAGUAUAAAUGACCAGACUAAGAUCCUCCUGGUUAAUACAGCUUAUUUUGUAACAAACUGGAUGAAGAAGUUCCCAGAGGAACAAAUCAAAGAAUGUCCUUUUAAAAUCAACAAGACUGAAACGAAACCAGUGCAAAUGAUGAACCUGGAAGCUACGUUUUGCUUGGGCUACGUAAAGGAAUUAAAAAUCGCAAUCCUUGAGCUGCCUUGCCUCAACAAGCACAUAAGCAUGCUCAUUCUGCUACCAAAAGAGAUUGAGGAUGAUACCACUGGCUUGGAACAGCUUGAACAGCUGCUCACUCCUGAGACAUUAGUACAGUGGACCAAUCCCAGCGUGAUGGCCAAUACCAAAGUGAACGUGUUUCUUCCCAAAUUUAAGAUGGAAGGGGAUUACGAUCUGAAGCCUGCUCUGGAAAGCUUGGGGAUGACAGAUAUUUUUAAUGAGAAUGUAGCAGACUUCUCUGAAAUGUCCGAGACUAAUGGCGUAGUUUUGUCACAGAUCAUCCAUAGAGUCUCUCUAGAAGUAAAUGAAGAAGGUGCUGAAUUGAGAGAGGUACCAGGAUAUCGGAUUCUGCAACACAAAGAUGAAUUUAAAGCUGACCAUCCAUUCAUCUUCUUGUUUAGGCACAACAAAACUCGCAACAUCAUUCUUUCUGGCAGAUUCUGUUCUCCUUAAAUAGGGCAUAUAUUGAGAAAAGCAGAAUCCAUUUGUUGUGAUUCUUAUUUCUGUAAAGCUUUGCACCCUGAGUACCACCACUGAAAGGUAAUCUAAGAUGUUCAUAUAUCAAACAGGCAACACCGUGUACUUUUCACAUGCAGCAGUCAUAUAAAAUGAUGCAAUUUAACUCCUUUUGUUUCACUCACCUAAAAUAAGGAAUUUACCACCACACAGGAAAUCUCAUGUCUUUUAUCAGGAAAUACCCCAUCUCCAGCAGCAAACAAACAUUCAUGUUUCUCUGAUGCAUUUCUUUUUCUAAAAGAAAAUUAAAUCAAAGUCCAUUUUCCUUGAGGAAGGUGAAUUGGAAUUGCUGAGGGAUCUGGAAUUUCAUAAUGAAAGCUGGCUCAGUUUUCUAUAAAUUUACCUUGUGCUGUGUCCAGAAUCUUCCCAAACCUUUAAAGUGUAUUCCUACUUCCAAAAAAGUAAAUAAAUAAAUAUUUUGACAUUUGGGAUUAUAGCUCUGAUCCUUCGGUUGACUGUGCACUGGUGUGCUGGAGUGGAACAGUGAGACUCCAUUCGGGUUGAGCAGUGUGUCUACACAGUCUAUUGGAGGACUGGGGCUGCCAUCGGUAAUACGGAGUUAACAAUUCUUAUUCACCUUCAUAAACUGCUGCGAUAUCUAGGGAAGAAAUGUGCUAGAUAAUAAAAUAAUUAAUGAUAUUACCUUACCUAAAGUGGGUAAAUUAACCUAGACUGAACUCCAUAUUCCCCAAAUGAGAAGCAGGUAAAUUCAGUUUACCCUCGACUACACUACUGCUCAGUGGCAGUUCCAGCUAUAAAGAGCCUAUGUUGUGUAUAUUCUGAAAAUGAAAACUGGAAAUACUGAAUGCACCAAACAUUUGCUAUGGAGCUAGAACUGCCACACGUCUCAGGCUUGUGUUGCCUGUCAUUUCUGACUUCAGAGGAGUAGUUAAAGACGAUCCCCGCAGUUAAUGUGAUAUGUAAAAAGGAAAUCCAGACAUUAACACGGAUUAGAUUAAUAUAUUUAAUUCCUGAUGCAAGAAUGGAAAAAUGAUAUUUUUUUAUGAACAAGGUCUUCAAGCUAAAUAUAACAGCACUGUAAGUAGGUUUAAUUUUUGGCUAAGGUCUUCCUGCUGCAUGUGUUCAGUAUUAGUUUACCUUAUACCAUUCAGAAUAAAGCAUUAU